UCCUGCGCGAUAGCCAGAGCAACGUUUCCCACUUUAACAGUCACCCGCAGUCGCGCAUUUUUAUUUAUUUAUUUUUUUAAUUCCUCGUCGGUUUCGGAACGCGCCAGCAGACAUGAGGGAAAGACAGAGGAAGAAAAAGGGGAGGACGUGGGCGGAGGCGGCAAAAACGGUACUUGAGAAAUACCCAAACACACCAAUGAGUCAUAAAGAGAUCCUACAGGUGAUUCAGCGGGAGCGACUCAAGGAGAUCAGAAGUGGCACAUCCCCUCUAGCCUGCCUCAAUGCCAUGCUCCACACAAACUCUCGUGGCGAAGAGGGGAUUUUCUACAAAGUCCCGGGUAGAAUGGGAGUUUAUACACUAAAGAAGGACAUUGCGGAUGUGGUGAAAGAACUGUCUGAGGAGGCUUCUGAAGACAGCAGUGAUAAUAUGUCUGACACUCGAAACACAGAAAACAAUAGCAGUGGUAGCAGCAAAGAGGGACGCAGAGGAAGGUGGAGGAGAAGAGGGCCAGCAAAACUGCAGUCGCAGCCGUCUUCCCCACAAUCUCGCUGCUCCUCUCCAUCUGUCUCUAGCAGCAAGCUCAUCUCUCCAUCCCAAAAACAUAGCAAGAAAGCACUAAAACAGGCUCUGAAACAGCAACAGCAGAGAAAUCAGCGACGAAAGUGUGGAAUUCCAACAGCCUCCAGUCCUCGACUGCUAUUAAAAACUGUUAAAGACAUGGCUGAUUCAGCAUCUGUCAAAUCGGGCUGGGAACUGAAACAGUCAGAGCACUGCCCUGCCAGUCCUCAGAAUUCAACCUCCAGCUCCUCCUCCUCUGUUAAAGCAGACGUGUGCCACACUGUUGCUGCCAGGAAGAUGUCCCAGCGCUCCAGUCGGCUCAGUGCCCGCCAGCUGAGAAGAACCAGGUUUGAGAUCGAUGUGGAGACGCCUGAUUCCAUCCUGGUUAACACUAACCUGCGGGCCCUAAUCAACAAACACACAUUUUCUAUGUUGCCCCCAGAAUGUCAGCAGAAACUUUUGAAACUGCUACCAGAGAUUGACCAACAGUCUUGUAUGGAUGGGCUCCUGAGGGUAACCAGUUCUGCUUUGAACAACGAGUUUUUCACAUCUGCUGCACAAUCCUGGAAGGAGAGGCUGGCAGAAGGUGAAUUCACCCCUGAGUUGAGACUGAGGAUGCGGCAAGAGAUUGAGAAAGAGAAGAAGGUGGAGCACUGGAAAGAGCGCUUCUUUGAAAGCUUUUAUGGCGAACAGUCUGGAUUGAGUGUUGAGGAAUCCAGAGAGCUGACAGAGACUAAAGGCUUUUCUACAUCAGCCCAAGUCUCAACCCUACCAGAGAAAUCAGUGUCAAGCACAGAAGCUUCGAAGCCAAGCCAUGCUGCUGAGGUCAGCCACAAGGAACUGAGAUCCAAAGACAUGAAAUCAACAGUAUCAGGAAAUUAUCGAGAACCAGAGGCCUCUGAUAUGGAACCAGUCGCAUCUCCAGACAUAGCGACUCCAUCUUUGCAACAGGGAGAAUCUAAAGCAACUCCAGCGAAAGAGGUUGAAACUUCAGCAUCAUCAGUAACAGAUGAUAAAGUGCAGGAAUGUCAUUUCAAGUCCAAUGCCCCGACAUCUCCUCAGGGAGCUGUAAGUACCUGCUCUGAACAAAAGGAUGCUUUUGAGAAGGAACCUCUAAAAGCUGAGGAGGCAGUGUCACAAACCUGUGUUAUCACCACUGAGUCACUGAAGAGGAAAGUCAGUAGUGAACAAGAAGUAGCGGAAAAGAGACCUCGUGUUGCUCCACCAGGAGGAUCGCCCCUGGCAACAGCAGCACAACAGAGGGUCCCACCUCUCAAAAUCCCUGUGGCACGAAUACUGUCUGCUCCUGCAGCUGCAGGUCAAAUCUCUCCAAGGACUCCCCAUCCGUUGACACCACCCAGCAUUCGUCCUGGUUGCACCGGUGCACGCACUUUAGCCGACAUCAAAGCUAAGGCCAAGUUAGCCCGGGAGCAGCGGGCUGCGGCAGCUGCAGCAGCAGCAGGCACCACAUCUCAAGGAGCCACCGUAGGAUCCGGCUCCGCUGGAGACACUUCCACCCCUUCCCCAGCCCGGUCUCUGUCAGAGGACUUUUCACCAGCAAGCAGUAGAAGCCUGCUUACAGAAGAAUCUGUAUCACCAGGAAAGAUUUUCUCUGCGUCGCCUGCCCCUGACUGCACAGGGCGUCUCUCGCAAAUGUCUCCUUCCACGGGUGCUACUAGGCAGACAGAUCCUGGUCUUGCUCAAAGUCUCAGCACAACCCAAGUCUUCUCAAAGGAAAACAGGUCUGUCAUGGAUUCCCAGAUCACUCAGUGUGUAUCAAACCCACUUUUGAAAGAUCAUAUCCUCUCUGUUGGUCAGAUGCAGGUCGCACCUUCAAAUGCACGUUUGCCGCAUGGCCAGCGAGCACAAGAUGGAGCUUUAUCAAUGACCUCGAUGACUAAAUUGAGCUCUACAAUUCCUGCCAAUAAUCCUUUGGUCACUCAGCUCCUUCAAGGUAAAGAAGUUCCCCUUGAGAAAAUUCUUCCAAAGCCACUUGCCAAGAUGGAUGUGCACUCUGCAACUGCAAUCGCACAAGAGAAGGGGAACCAUGGCAAUCCUGGGGCAGGGCUCGGUAGUGCGAACCUUGUCACAGAGAAUUUUAGCAGAUCUAAACUGCAGUCUUCUUCAGGUCAGUCUAUGAUGUCAGGCAGACCAGGAGUCAGUGUGGACAUGCUGGACAAGAACACUCAGGAGCAGAUCCUCCAUGUUCUAAGGCAAAGAGGUCAACAGUGCCAAAUCUCUAUGUCGAUCCCUCACUCAUCCCAUUUUGAGCCCCAUCGGCUAGGGUAUCCAGAGGCUUUUCAUGACCAGCCGAAGUUGCGUUUGGGCCUGUUUGGGCGAAAGAGAGCAUCUAAACCUGCCAUGACAGGACACUACCUCCUCAAUAUCUCCACAUAUGGCAGAGGGUCUGAGAGCAGCAAGCGACCCCACCUUGCCAACCUGAAGAAUGAAAAUGUGGAUGGAGAGGAGAAAGAAGGGGCAGAACUGAAAGGAAGCCUUCAUGCCUCUUCACGGGGAUACUCUAAUCCUCCUGGGGUUAAAGUUGAAGAUCAGGGAUAUCUCAUCACAAAGCCAGAUGAAGCACCAGAAUACCAACACUGUCCUCAAAUAAAGUCUGAGUCUUUGGAGUCACUGGGCUGUUUGUCCAGUACUGAAGAAGGAGGCACCUCUAAAAGAACCAAAGAAGCAUCUCCAGGACAACACCUUGACAUCUGCAGUAGCAAACAGAGUAUCUCAGGGCCAAAGCAGCUGGGUGACUGUCAAUCACAUGUGACCACCUUCAAGUCACAGAAAUCUCAUAAUGGACAAGAACCUGUGAUGGGUGCUUUCUAUGGUGGCACUAUCAGCAUGUCUGUGCCUCACUCGUUAGAUGACAGCAUGGCUGACACUGGUGCUAUUCCUACAGUUGCGUGCAGCACUGAGAAUGCCAGUGGGGGGGUGAUGUCUUUCUCUGUUACCGUCACUGCCAUACCUGCUGGUCACCUUCUAGAUCAGGGUAAGGGUGAGACCUCACCAGAGCAGGCCUUCAUAGAAGCUUCUGGGAUGGAGGAUGUCCAGUCAAAGUGCUACUGCCGGCUAAAGGCCAUGAUCAUGUGCAAGGGAUGUGGGGCCUUCUGCCAUGAUGAUUGCAUUGGCCCUUCCAAUCUGUGUGUGUCAUGUCUGGUGGUACGAUAAUGGUGACGAGGACAAAGGGUGACUAUAAUUGUUGUUACUAUAUUAUUGUUACUAAAAAUAAUUCAAGUAAAUAGUGCAGUGAGAGGUUGUGAAUUUUCAGCUGUGUGGUAGAGUUCUCACUGUGGUCAUGUGUUCAUAUAGCUAUUUUCAUACAAUAGUAAGUCUUUUAUGCUGUUGCUCUUUGGCUUUCCAGACAGUUGGUAGGAAAGGUUCAUGUAUAUAAUUUGUGCAAUGCAGAAUAAUACUUCCUCUCAGUCAAUUUACUGUAAAGUGAGCACCUUGUUUUAGAUGCAAGACUCAUUGAAUAGUGGCAAUAUGUAAACAUUGGUGAUAUUCCGUAUUAUUUUUGUAAUAUAGCAUUUUAGAUAUGAAAGAAACAGUAUACUGUUAUUUUUGUAGGUGUGAAGAUCUUGACCUCCCCUUGGCAUGCUUUCUUAAAUCAUUCAUUUUUUAAAUACUGUGUGGCUUGUUGGAUCCAAGACAAUAAUUACUAAAAAGUACUUAUUUAGCAAAAACAAUUUUGUUCAGCAGUUUAGGCCUUUGGGCCCCAAGCAAAGAAUCACACAGCUGAAAUGCCAAUUAACUCUGAAGAAUUACUGUGAAUAUUAAAAGGUUUUUAAUUAUCUGCCUUAUGUCUAGGCUAAAGUGGUACUCUUAGAUAUGAAUGGCAUCAGUGGUAGAUCUAAAAUGAAGUUAUUUAUGGAGCAGAAGGGAAUAAAUAUAACAGUCUAGCACUUAUCUUCAACGUUUUUUUAGGGAUAUGAUGGAAUGUAAGAAUCGGUUUAUAUUGGCAGAUGAAGGUGGCAAUACUUUGUAUAUUUAUAAUAUUUAUAUUAAAAUGUCUCAAUCUAAAUAUAAUAGAGCAUCAAAGUCUCAUGUCAUCUAAAAGAAAAUUUUAUGUAUUCCUUUUUAGGGUUGCACUUUUGUAUUACUAAAAUGAUUAACUUGAACAGACUGCUAAUCCGCUAUAAAAGUAAAAUGCAAACUUUUGAGUACGAGUUGAAACACUUCUCAAUCAAAUAAUCUAGUGUUCCUUCUCAGGAGCAAAUCCAGGUCUUUGCAUUUUGUAAUAUGUCUAAUCAUGCUUUUGUUGUUUAUGAUGCUCCACUAAGGAGUGUAAACAGACAAUGCCUUUUAAAGAAAUCCUGGGACUGUAGAUAUUGUUUAAACAAAAUAACAAUAAACCUAAUGCUGAUUAUUAUUAGCAAAUGCAUGUGAGCAAAGAGGUGUAAUGCAACACUCAAAAGGGAGACUAUGAAGAUUUUCUUUAUUCUAUAUGGCCAUUUCUUCAGUUUCUUUUGGGGGGGGGGGGUGUAGUUUUUUCAUGUAUCUGCACAUCUGGUCUUAUUUCUAAGAUUUUUCUCUGUGGCAAAUGUCUUAAGACAAAUCACACUAUAAGUUGCUUUUUAACUCUAAAUAUUGGACUGUCCUUAAACAAUUCAAAUUGGCAGGUACAUUUUAAUACAUAUAGUAUAUAAAAUAUGUACAUAAAAGGUGUGCAUGUUGUGCAUCUCUGUGUCAAUCAUGUUUGUGAAAUUUCUGCCUUUUACCUAAGAUUUAAAAGAUUUUGCUUGGUAUUAUACCAAACCCAAUUUGUGGGAAUUAGGUAAUCAGAUUUAGUUUUUAUUGUCAGUCUAAUUUUGAAAAGUAAUAUAUUUUAAUUAAUAUAUUUUAAUAUAAAAUACUAUUUACAAAACAUUUAAAGAAACAGGGUAUUUACUAUGACUUUGUAUUAACUGUCCCAUUUUGUUAUGCCUCUAUCCAGGGUGUACAUAACACUUUAUACUGCUUGUUUUUUUGUUUUUUUUUUGGAAUGAGAAUUCCCAUGAUAUAUAUGCCCCCAAAAGACCUGACUUUUUAAUGUUUUAUGUGUCCAUGUCUUGUCUAGAACAUACUCAUCUGUUACUCAAGUGGGAUUUCUUUGAAAGAAUAUGUAUUUGUUGGUAUUUUCUGGUAUAAUUCAAGUUUUCCUUAUAAUACAGUAAUGUCUAAAACAUUUAGCCAGUUCUCUGUUUUAGUCUGUUUCUCUCUCAUCACACACACUGAUUCCACCAUGUCGAUAAUUCUUGUUAUACAAACCAACUUAGUACUUGUAUAGGAUGUCUUUGGGUGUGAGGGUCUUUUUCAGGUGUCUUUAAACUUUGUCGUGUCAGUUGGUAACUGUUUGUGGUCUUUUGUAUCGAUAUAUGCAGUAUGACAUUCAGUGUGUGUAUAUACAUGUGCACACACACAAUAGAGACACAUAACAGAACUGUGAUAAAAAUGUAUUUGCUUUUAAUUACUUUGAUUUAGGUAUUGGAAAAUUGGUGAAUUUCACCUAAAAUUUGAUCUGAAUGAAUUUUAUACAUUCCUGUUUGUAGACAAUAUAAUAAUUUUUAAUUUGGUAUACUGUAAAUGAGCAAUAUGACUUUAUUUUGUAUGGGACAAUGCUAUAAUGUAAAAUAGUUUAGCCAAAAUAAUGAAUCCUUUCCUUCAGACAAACCCCUGCAUGUAGAUAUGCCUCAUUAUGCUGAUGACAGUUCUAAAACAAUGUAAUAAAUGUAACUAUUGACAUACCUGUUUUUAGGAAUAUUCCUGACUCAGUCUGGCCAGACCUAUUGUGAUUGCAGAUGCAAUGUUUUUUCAUAUAUGUGGAGUUGAGAACACCCAGGGCAGGGUGCCACCCUGUUAUGUGUCAUUUUUAGUUUUAAGGAAAAAAUGUGUAAAAUAAACGUGAAUGUAAUAUAGAAAACAAAUAAUCAGCACUUGUAAGCAAAGUGUAUUUUAUCAAUGAA